AUGCGCGCGUCUACCCAUUGGGUGGCACCACAAGCGCCAAUCCCUUCCCUGCACGUCUGCCCGACCAGACCGGCCAGAGCAUGCGAGCUGAUCGGUUGUGGUGGUUACACAAUCUAUCCGCGCACCCCUCAGCCAACGUUGAUCCGCAAUAGUUAUAAUAUCACUCCUCCUUCUCGAAUCUCUCUCUCGUUGUACUCGAAGAGGAUGCCGCUAAAUCGGCCAAAUGCACCGCCCUACACCGAAACCUACGUCGAUGAAGGCCGACUCGAUGAUAUUCCGCCGACCCCAACGUCCCCAACCCUCCCCCAGCACCAACAGCAUUAUGACCGCCCAGAUGACAACUUCAGCAUGGACCACUACGGGCAGACGCUUGCACCUACUCCAGACUCGACCUCCCCCCGAGUACGUCCCGCGAAACAAUCCUCCAAGCCGACCUGGCACCGAGUCAAGCUCACACGAGACGAAGUCGACCCCCACUACGAGAGCUCCGAGAAGAGACGCACGGAGAAGGAUGCGGACCCCGACAUCGCCUAUAUGCUUGAAGACCUUUCCCAAAAGAGGAUCAACAACAUUCACAAACACCUCUGGUGGGUGGGGCGCCAGGGCAACAUCCGCCCCCUCCACCACCAGAAGGCCAUGUUCCGCGAGAUUGUCAUCACGGAGCGGUGUCACCUGCACAUGGUGUGGUUCGAGAACGUCAUCUUCCUCAAGCCGCUGCCCGAGUACCUUCUCGACCGUGCGUGGUUCGAGAACAAGAUCUGCCCGAAAUCCGAGCUGUAUGAGCUGGCGUGUGGGUUUUUAUAUAGUUAUUCACGCCUCAUCGUGCACCGCAGCGACCACCACAUCGCCAUAGAGGAGGGCCUACUGCCGGACUAUAUGGACUGGGUACGUUGGUGCCGGUUCUCAAAGGAAAUCCGCGAGGGCGUGGACUUCUGCAUGGUCAACAAGCGCUACCGCUACGGCGAGCUGCGCCUCAAACGCCUCAACCACGUGUACCGGUUCUGCAAGUUCCAGGUGCGGGGCUUCUACAGUCUCGACCGCGGGUACAACAGCUUCUUCCGCCGGAAUUUCGGGUGGAUGGUGGGUCUGUUUGCGUUUUUGACCAUCAUCCUGACGGGGAUGCAGGUGGUGCUGGCGACGGGGCAGGGACAGGCGGCGAGUCAUGGGUUGUUCGAGGAGGUCAGUUAUGUGUUUGGGGUGGUGUCGAUUAUCAUUCCGGUGGUGGGGACGGGGACGGCGUUGGCGCUGUUUUUUGUCCUGUUUUGGUGGAAUUUUGUGAAAACGCUGCUGCAUAGAAAGAAGAUUCAGAAUAAGAGGAGGGAGAAGGAGGACAAAUUGGUGAAGACUUACCCACCGCGAGGUGAUAAUGCAUGUUAG